AUGCAGCUACCUAAUGUGGCUGAACUCAAGAUGAUUCGGCAAACCUUUCAGUUCGCAAAGUCCCUUCGAUGGGAUCGAAACACGACUUCCACUCGAACUCCACCACCAAUCUACGACGAGUUGUGGUUUCGUUGGGCCAAAGGUUUGGCACGGCAAAAUCAUGACAACUCAAAUAUCGAGACUGUUAUCGAUAUGAUUGAUUGGAAUCGUAUUCUAGAGACAUUGCAAUCAGAUUCUUCCCUUGCCAAAUAUACCGAUGACGAGCGACAAGGAAUGCACUUGUUGCAUUUCGUCUGCGCUUUACACCCGCCUGGUUCCGUGUUGGAGCUUCUCUUGAAAAGCUUUCCAAAUGCAAUAUUUGUGCAGAGCGCAAACUCUGGAAUUAUUCCAUUGAUGAUUGCUUGUGGAUCUAAUGCAGCCUCUGAAAUCAUUGAAACCUUGUUGAAACACGAUACCAGUGGAAGUGGUGCUACUCUACGGAUUACAGAUACUCAUGGAUUUUCGGCAGUGCACUGGGCUUGUCGAGAGGAUGUUUCAAGUCGAGUAUUGCAGAAACUGUUGCUCUUUGAUCCAAUGCUGGCAGAACUAAUCGAAACUAAUGGGAGUCGGCACAAGAUUACUCAUGUUUUGUUUCAAGGCGGCCGGAAAGAGAUGCUCUCGGACAACCAGGACACCAAGUUGAGAUUUUUGCUUCUGGCCCGUUUCAAGCUCCCGCUUGAUGAGGCGCAUUUUUUGUUUGCGUUACACGCGUCGGUCGCGUUGGAAUGUCAAUUUCCAGUAUGGAAUUACCUCCUGGCCGAAUGUGCAACGAUGGGAGUCGAUCGCGAUCCAUUUGGCAAUCUUCCAUUACACUACGCUGUGCAACAGAAACAACAUAAUAUCGGCGAACCAACAAAGCAACAAUGGUCAAGUUCGCAAUUACUCGAACGUGUUUUGAGACUUUCUCCCGAAGCUGCAUCAAGCCGAAACAGAGAUGGUGAACUUCCACUGUCAGCAUCAUUGAAGAGUGGUUUCGUUUGGGACAAGGGCAUCCAAGCGCUGUUCCAUGCGUAUCCUGAGGCCAACUGCUUACUUGACCCUGUGACCAAAUUACAUCCAUUUUGUUUGGCAGCAAGUUUUUGCCAUGACUUGGCGACUACCUUUAUGCUGUUGCGACAGAAUCCUGAACAUGUUCUUCAAAGGUAUGGUAGCAAGUAA